AUGAAUAAAUUACCAACGGCUUUACGUAUUUCACGAAUCAUACCGAAAUUUGAAGCACUGAAAAAAUUUAAUUUAACAAAAACUGCAAAAGAUUUAAAAGAUUUUGGAAUUCAUAGUUUAAAAGUUGAUAAACAUAUUGAAGAUUUACCAUUAGAACGUGAUGGAAAGAUUAAUCCAGAUUUUCAUAAGGGGAUAUUUUUGGAUAAUUAUGAAUUGUUUGAAUCGAAUAUUCAACAUGAUGAACAAAAAAAAAAGAAAUAA